ACACCUGGGCCCACGCGCGCCAUCACUCGAAACACAACCAUAGACUUCCUCUGCACACACAACACACAAACUCUCUCUCUCUCCUCUCUAUUAUGUGAAAUCUCUGGCGUAGGUCUUCUGUGAUCUCUGGCGUACGUCCUCUGCAAAUUUUAAUUUUCUUUUAGACUCGGUUUUUGGGGGUUGAGAUGCAUAACCUGAUCCAGUGAAGAAAAAUCGGCCAUGUUUGGGCUAAAUUUGAAGCGCUUUGGAGUAGAUUACUAUUGUCGGUUUUGCAGCUAUGUUUGAUUGGAACGACGAAGAGCUAACGGAUAUAAUAUGGAGUGAUACUGGUCAGAGCGAUGACCACACAGUGCCAUAUCCUGACGGAAGUGAAGAGGAAGCACCAGCUUAUAAAGAUAACAUUAAGAAGGAAUGGGAUGUGGAAGCUUCUAGUUUCAAGCCUACUGAUCAGAAGAAACCUACAACUAAAACUGAUCUGAGUGAUAUUAAACUAGACGGCAGUUCCAAACAUGACACUGGCGGAGCUACUAUCACAGCUGGAUACAGGGGGGAAUCAAGCUCUGAUUUGUCAUUGACCAAUGCUACAAAAAGUAAUCAAGAUUCUUUGGGUGCUAAAGCAUCUAAUAAUCUGACAGAAGUUUCAAAAAAGGAAUGUUUUAGAGAUGAGAGAAAUCGGCUUCAUGAUGAUUCUCGAGUUUUUCACCAUCAGAGUGAGGGCUUGGAGCAAGGUGAUUUGAUUGAUUAUGGCUGGGCUAACAUCGGAAGUUUUGAUGACCUUGAUAAGAUAUUUAGCAACAGCGACCCAAUAUUUGGAGAUACAAGCCUUCCUAACACUCACGAUCUAUGGUCAUCUAGUAAAGAUGUGACAAGCAGUUCAGAUAAGUCUGUUCCCCUAUCUAUUGACUCUCUGAGUUUGGCGCUAGGAUCUACGCGAAGCCCAUCAGAAAGAUUAGAAGUUAAAGCAGAAUACAGGCUAGAUCAGGAGAAGUCUUCCACUGGUGAUGAAGAGAAUGCUAGUGAUAUCACAUCUAAUGUGCAUCUGUCUACUGAUGCUAGGGACCAUGGUGGAGGCAAAAAUGUGCUUUUACAGAAUGAAAAGUUGUUUUCGUGUGUACAGGGAAAUAAGCAGGAAAGAAUAUUGAAGGGUCGAUUUAAAUUAGAACAAGAAGGUGAACUUGCUCAGUUGCAGGAAUUAUGCGGAUCUUUGUCUCCUCAAGUGAACAAGUUUGGCAUGCCAUAUGUAAGGAAUCAACCUUAUCUCGCUUCAGAGUUCAGUCAACAGAGCCAGCUUCAAGGACCAGAAUGUUUGCAGCACAAACAUUUCCCAGGUCCACUUUUUGCUUCUUCUACCUAUGGGGAUAUGGGGAAUCGCUAUUCUCCCAUGCCUGUCUGGUCACAGGUCCAUUCUGGACAAGCAAGCCAUCAGCGCGUCCUUUCAAGUUAUAAAGCUUCUCCAGGCAAUUCAAAUCAUUUCAGCAAGUCUCUAGAUGCUUCGUCAAAACCUUUGAUGAUGACACCUCAGGAAAAAAUUGAAAAACUGAGAAGGCGACAGCAAUUGAGAGCAAUGCUUGCCAUUCAGAAACAGCAGCAGCAGUUUAGCUAUCAAAUGUUAUCCCCUGAACAAUCUGCGAAGCAAGGAGGAUCUGUUGAAGAGAAUUUGAGCUGCAUCCCUUCUCUUGACCCGACCUCACCUUUGGAACAGGGUGACUCCAACACCGUUUGUUUGGCAGUUGAAGAAUCAUCAGUGGAAGACACGGCACUAUAUCUUCUUCGGGAUGUUAUCUCAAAGUUGGACCUCCAAAUAAGACUUUGUAUCAGAGAUAGCUUGUUCCGACUGGCUCAAAGUGCUACACAGAGGCAAUGUGGCAAUGAUAGUUGCAGCUCCAAGAAGGCUGGAAGAGAAGUCAGCAUCGAUGAAAUAAACACCAAUAACAGAAUUGCGAGACCACCCAAUGUAGAGACUCAGACGAAUCCAGUAGACCGCAUUGUGGCUCAUCUGCUCUUCCAUAAUCCCUCGGAGUUGACAUCAAAACUUGCUGAAAUUCCGAAAUCAUCAAUGUCUGCCAUGCUCAAAUGUGAAAGAAAAGCAAUUGGUUCACGGAGCUUUUCGAGCAGCUUUUUACACCAGAAUUCUGUAACUGAUCCAAUCACAGCUCACCAGGGACUAAAAACUUCUACCUCUCAUAAUGAAGUGGAUAAACUGAACAGUAGCCCCUGCCUUGAGACUUCUGAGAAUGCAUCAAACAAUGAAGGAUCAGAUGGUAGUGUUAUUGGGGUUGAAGCCGCCUCAUGAAACCAUCCUAUUGUCAAAUAUAUACAAGGGUAAUCGUUUCUCCAUUUAUCUUAUGAUUGUAACACGUGAUCCAUGGCUGAACAAAUCCACUAGUAAUGAGGAUCUCCUCUUUCAUUGUAAGCAACUGGAUACUGAGUUACCAAGAUUUGACAUUUUAGGAGUCUUUAUGUUGUGCCCUGGAAGAAACCUCUUUUACACUAGUGUAAUGCUUUUUUUCUCU